AUGCUCUCCUUCAAGAUCCUCCUAGCUCUGCUCCCCUCGGCCCUCGCCCAGUUUACAAUUGGCGAGGUUGUCGAGGAUAACUAUAUCAUUACUCUAAAGCCAAAGGUCAACGAGACUGAGAUAGAGCAGCACAUUGAAUGGGUUGACGAUAUCCAUACCGCAAGCUUAAUUCGUCGUGGCGAAGACGGCGUUGACAAGGUUUGGAACUCAACCUUUAAGGGGUACUGCGGCGAGUUUGAUAAGAAUACCAUCAGGAAGAUCAACCAAAGCGAGGAUGUCCUCGCCGUUGAACCGGUCAAGAAAGUCACGCUCACUACCGUUCAACGCAAUGCAGAAUGGGGCCUUGCUUCCAUCUCGCACCGGACUACCGGGUCAAGCGAGUAUCUCUAUGAUGCAUCUGCUGGAAAUGGCAUGUAUGCUUAUCUUGUUGAUACCGGUAUCAACAUUGGUCAUCAAGACUUUCAAGGUCGAGCCUCGACUGGUUACAAUGCUUAUCCUGGUGUUCCUUUCGUCGAUGCCAACGGACAUGGAACACACUGCGCUGGUACUAUCGCCGGUAAAGUAUACGGUGUAGCCAAGAGAGCGAAUCUUAUCGCGGUCAAGGUCUUUCACACUGGUAGUUCAACGACUGCCAUCGUUCUUGAUGGGUACAAUUGGGCAGUCAACAACAUCACCAACACGCCCGGUCGUAACCAGCAAUCCGUUAUCUCCAUGUCCCUCGGCGGUGGCAAGUCCGAUGCCUUCAACUUAGCCGUAGAAAUGGCCUAUCGUCAAAACAUCCACACCGUUGUCGCAGCAGGCAACGACAACGUCAACGCGAAUACCACAUCACCCGCAUCUGCCCAGAACGCAACCACGGUCGGCGCUAUUGACAGAAACAACAACAGAGCCAGCUUUUCUAAUUGGGGUCCCCUUGUGGAUAUCUUUGCGCCUGGCGUUGAUAUCAAAAGCACUUGGAUUAGUAGUGAUACUGCGACCAACACAAUCAGCGGCACGAGCAUGGCAUGUCCUCAUGUCGCGGGUCUGUCGCUUUACCUCAGGGCAAAGGAGAAUUUAAAGACUGUUAAGAGUGUGCAGGAUAGGAUUCAGCAGUUAGCGACGAAGAAUGUGGUUGCUAAUGCCGGCACUGGAAGCCCGAAUUUGUUGGCUUACAAUGGAGGUGUUCCUACGAGGGCAACAUUUAGAGAGUCUAAAGGACGAGAUUAG